AUGUCAGGUAAUGAAGACUUCGAAACUGAAAUCAUCAACUGUGAAACCGACAAGGAGGUGACUAGUUCGGAUGAGAGUUUCCUUGAAGAAAAACCGCACUACUACACCCGAUUCAAGAUUCGAGAUCAUGUCAAAGCGCUAUUCAAGGCUAACGAUGGCAUAACGAUUGAUGAGAGGGAAGUGAGUAGAUCGUCUGAAGUUAGCCCCCCGCGUCAUUUAAUCAGUUGCCUGGCUACAAAGAUGAUUAUAUCUAAUGAGCACGAUUGUCUCAUAUAUCAUCAUCUCAAGACCGAGAGGCAACUUAAGCGGAGGACCAAUCUCAAGGUAUUUCCUAGCCAGUGGCGUUUAUGGAUUCAAAAAGACGAAAAUGACGAGAAGGUUGAGUCGAAGAUGAAAGUCGACAAUACGGAGGCACUAGGACUCAUGAUUAGAACGAUCAACGCAGAAUACACAAUGAGAAAAAAGUUGCAUUUGCUAAGAGCAGAGGUUUCGCCAACAUCAAAGAAUAUCUACUCGAAGCUGGUAUGUGUGUCGCUAGGCAAAAAGACCAUCACAACUAACAAUGCAGUUCCAACUAUAGGUAUUUCCUUACUGAAAGCAACAGAAGAGUACUCUCUCAUCGUUUUAUGGAUAGGUGAACCCGCGGGAACUCCCGAUGAGAAGGCCGUUUACGAGAUGCUUGAGGCACUCACUCAUCAAGUUGAAGCACCAUACGUCGAUGUAAUCCAAACAUCAAUCCUAGUGAACCACGACUCAAAGGAAACCAUAGAAAUGUUCCCUCAUGAAUCUGAAUCUUUGGAAAGUGUCUAA